CGUACAUCCGAGCGUCUGGUACUCGGGCGUCCGGUGGCCGGUGCCCGGCAGGGCAAUUUGCCAAGUUCACUCGAGCAACCGAUACGAGCCCAAGAAAAUUUCUCUCUCAGAGUGUGGGUGGUUUUGUACAAUGUAGGAGGGACCCACAACCAAAACCACACCUUUGGUGUCUAAAGUUUUCGUGGUUGGAUAUUCAGCCUCCACCGAAGGAGAAGAGAAAGAUGAAAGAAGAAGAGGAAACGAACUGUGAUGAUACAUUAGAGGGUUGAAGUGAGAGGUGGGGGAUGCCAGAGUGUAAAUAAAAGGAAGUUGAAAAAAGAAGAAUAAAAAAAUAAUAAUUCACGAGAGAAGUGGAAAACCAAAAUGAUGAGCCGUUGAUAAGCCAGACCAGUCACUCGGGGUAAAGCACUUGUGUCCGUCGGUACUCUCAUUGGAUCAUCUCUCUUUUUCCAUUCGUCUCAUUCGUUCAAGAGUGUUAGUAUUUUGUACUGCAUAAGAUCCGUAGGAUUUUGGUCUCUGUCAGCGAUCGGAUAGCGAGGUGAAGACACCGGCUGUUGGCGGAUGUUCGGUAGCGCGACGAUGCACCAAAUCGUCAGGAUAUUCGGUCAACUCCCUGGCACCCAGUGAAUAUCAACUGUGAUUAUACAAGACACUUUGAUAUACGAUUAAUAUUAUUUUCAAUUCUCCCAUUAGUGACAGUGCUGUGUGAUGAUUAUUACCGUAAUUUUGGAUAAUUUAUUGGUGUAAUAUUGUGACGUGAUUGUCAGAUCGAUUGAGAGUGAAUGGAUCUGAUGGAAGUUUAGAUUUAUUAUUAAGUCUCGAUGAUGGAUAUCCAACAGCACGAUCAGAGACACAGUGUAUCAGCUGACUGUUGUUAUCAACAGUGGACGGUUCAUCAUGCUCAUUCACAUCCUCAACAAGUACCGACGAUUCCUUCACCGAUGCAACAAAUUGAAGCCUGUCUCGAGACCGCCGGAAGGGUAAAACACUCACGAAGUCCCGAUGGUUCGUCAACAGUGAUUCCAACGUCUGCAACAACUCCAGAAAUCACACGAAAUGAUAAUAACAAUAAUCACAGGAGUGAUGAGGUUGUGGGAAGUUCGACAGUUUCAACGGAGGAAAAUUUGUCCAAGCGACCGCUUCAUCCGGCACUCGCUGGCGCCGGUGCCGCCCUCGAGGCCAGACCUCUUUGGGAAGAGUUUCAUCAACUCGGCACCGAGAUGAUUGUUACCAAAGCUGGACGGAGAAUGUUCCCUACGUUUCAGUGUCGCCUAUUCGGCCUGGAACCAAACACAGAAUAUCUCCUGGUGAUGGAUUUUGUCCCCUGUGACGACAAGAGGUACAGAUAUGCUUUUCACAGCAGUGCAUGGGUGGUCGCUGGCCGGGCAGAUCCUGUAUCACCACCAAGGAUUCAUGUGCAUCCUGACAGCCCUGCAAACGGUGCCCACUGGAUGAAACAACCAGUGACAUUCGACAAACUCAAAUUGACAAAUAAUCAGCUCGAUGACAAUGGACAUAUAAUUUUAAAUUCAAUGCACAGGUAUCAACCUCGCUGUCACAUAGUGGUAGCCCCAUCUCCCCCGGGUUCUGGUCCAGAUCCUCGAACUGAAAAUUUUAAAACAUUUUCAUUCUCUGAGACACGUUUUACUGCUGUGACAGCCUAUCAAAAUCAUCGAAUAACUCAACUAAAAAUCGCUAGUAAUCCAUUUGCAAAGGGUUUCCGUGAUUGCGAGGCAGAUGACUGUGACUCGGCCAGUUCUACAGGUGUUUCAUCACAGAAUCCAGCAAAAAGACCAGCAACAGGUACCACCCCCGUUGGAGCAGACAGCACUUAUCAGAGUUCUAUACAAACGAUGCCGAUAUCAGCCACAAUAUCGACUUCGGAACAUCAUCAUCACCAUCAAUUUUACACCAGUGCAACCCAUUGGAACUAUCCGGGGCAUCAUCAAACGACUCAUAUCAAUGUCGCCGGACACUAUUCCCCCCAUCACCCCCACCACGGAGCUUCUCUUUAUGGUCCUCGAUAAUAUUUUUUAUUACCGGAAACGCGAAAAAAAAAUUACGAGGCUGAAGUUUUCAGUACGAAAUACCAAAGAACGAUUAAUUUGUCGGUUGACUGCCUCAAUGUAUUUAAAAAAAUUUUAAAUUUCAGAAGACGACAAUUGGAUGGGAAAUGUUACAUACACUGAACAAGGAAAUAAGGGAAUCAAAAAAAUAUUUUUUUGGACAGUGGCAAAGAAAUAUUUUUCAGGAAGAAAUUAUUUAUGUUUAUUUUAAUUGUAUUUGUGGUAUUUUAAGGCAAUAUAUUUUUUCCAAUGAUUAACGAUAAAUUGAAACAAAUCAAUUUACGUUGAUUAAGAAAAUGUUGUUUUGGUACUCGUGAAAUAAUAUUUCUUUGAUUUUCACUCGUUAUUUCUCUUAGUGGAGGGGAGACCGGGGCCUAAUGGGGGACCUGAGGCAUGUGGGAUACCCCGACAAUAUUCUAAAUUUGAUAAAACGGUUUUUUAUAUAUUAUAAGAGUGCAGUACCUGAAAAAAUUGCUUCGCACUUGUUGAAAGAUUCAGAGCGUUGCAGAACUAAAAAUAAAUGAGUAAAAACUUUUUUUAAAAUUAAUACAAUACAGUUUAAAAAAUGAGAAAUAUAGGAAUGAAUAAAAAUGAAGUUAAAAAGUAAAAUUAAUCGUAUCAGUAGCGAAGUGAUAAACUGUAAGAAGUCAAAAUUACAAUUUUCUGUAAUUGAGCAUUCAUCGACCAAAUGAGAGACUUUAUGGGAAAAUGUUGAAAAGACUUUUUGUAGAAAAUUUCGUGAGCUAGAAAAAAAAUAUUUUGACACUUUCUUAUAAAAUCUCUCGUUCAUGAGAUAAAGGCACAAUUAUCGAAAAUUUCGGGUUUAACUCAUUACAGUUUAGCAUUUUGUUUCUAAAAUGUAUUCUCAAUAUAUCAAGAUUUAAUCCCGUAAAUAUUUGAAAACAUUUUAGAUAUUAAACAACACUCUAAGAAUAUAAAUAUCAGCAAACAAAACAAAAUAUAUUUUUAAUUGUUUGUAGUACCCCAUUGGCUCCAGAUUGAACAAUCAAUACAUUCGACCCUCUAAAUUGAUUGAAAACUUCUUUUUAUCAUCUUUCGGGAAUUUAUAAUUAAAUAACCGGCAAAAUUGAAUUUUAAUUUUUUUAGUGACUAUUUCAGGAUCGAAAAUGAGCCCAAAAAAAGAAAUUUGGGUUAAUAGAUGAUCGAUAGACCUAAUGACUGCCCUUAUCUGGGGCAACCCGUCAUGCCCCGGUCUCUCUUAUUCUACUCCAAGUAAUAAUUGAUUGAAAAUACCUGAAUGACGGGACAAAAAUUUUCUUUCGAAGAAUAUUUAUUUGACUCCUAUCAUUGUUUGAUGAUGCAACUGAAGGUUCCGAGGGUUACGCUUAUGGUUCACCAAAUAAAAUAAUUAUAUCCUAUGAAUGCCGGCCCUGAAUGAACGUCAAACAUUUGUCACCUUUAUAAUUUUCUCAAGUCGGAGAAUCAACAAUCACUACCUGCGUGUCCUGGCUUCACUCGCGCACAAUAAGACAAAAUUGAAUACCUGAUUUUUUUAAUUAGACAGACGCGUCAUUAGAGUACACGUAAUAUAGUCCAAAUUUGUGAUUUUUAUGUUGUGUAAAAAUUGGUGAAACAAAGAUCAGGAUCAAACUUUCAGAUCAGUAUAUGAUACAUGAGCUUUCCAAUAAAAUUAUGAAAGUUCAUUUUCUAAUUGGAAUCUCUCCUAAGGUAUCGAAAAAUAGUGAUAAUUGGGUAGCUCAGGGGUCAAAUUAAGGAUAAUUUAAUAUACUUCAUUCAACUGCCUCUUUGGAAACCAAUUAACGUUUCAUUAAAAAAUAUUUAUUUAGCAAAAAUAUUUUUUUUCAAUAUCAUCAGCGCGUUACGUCCUGUGCAACGCAAUAGUCUUUACAAUUGUUUAUCAAGAGUAACGAGUUGAAUAUAUUUUCCACCCAAUUUACAGUGAUAUAUAUAUUCUUCAAAAUCACGUCAAAUAGUAAUUGUGUAAAGUAGAAUAUUUAUCAUAGUAAUAUUGAUAAAGUAGUGCCAUUUGUUCUUAAUCUGUCCCAAAUUGACGAAUCAUAGAUUAUAAGCCUCAAUGCACAGUCAAUUGCACAAAUGCAAUAAGGUCACCGCCAAAAUCACUAUUUAUUCUUAAAUGUUGAGUAAUGCGUAGUUUCAUCAUCUCAUCAAAACCAUAUGCCAUUGAAAAUAAAUCACACCGAAGAGAUGAUUCUGGGAUAAUUGAUCACCUCGAUCAACCGUACUAUUCACAAGAGAAUAUUUAUUACGUCAUGUUGGCUCUUGAAAAAUCAUUUAGUCCAUAAAAUAUGUUGAGAUGAGCCAAAGAUAGAGUAGAGAGAAAAAAAAAAAUUUCAAGUGUAACAAAAUAUUCAGGAACACGGAAUCACACAACGUGGUGCUCAUUGGACACAGUUGAGUUGGAAAACAAAGUGCCUUUUGUAGGAGCAAAGUGGAUCUAUUUAUAUUGGGUGGUUGUCUCAAAUGCCAAACGAGUUAAAAUUUGGUGCGCCACAAAGCUCCUAAAGACGUAGAUGUAAUGUAAACGUACCGUGACAAACCCCCUCGGCGUUUGUUAAGUGCCUUAAUAAAUUGUCUACAAUGCCAAUCCUGUCCAUAUCAUCAUUAGUUAAAUUAAUGAAAAGUAUUAUGUGAUUAAUUAAGUGAACACUGAAUAAAAAUUAUUUUAGUGCCAUUUGUAUACUUGUUUAUUGGUGGGGUACUGACGAGGUGUUUGUGGAAAUGUAUUUUACAAAAGAAUUUGAAUAUUUCAAUGUUACUAAUUGCUUUAGCUUUCGCAUAAUUUUAGACGACCGACGGUACACAGAGAGAGAAAAUUGAAUUUUUAUUAUGUAAUUCCGAUAAAAAUUACUGAGGUUCAAUAAAAAUUGAGGAAUGCAGAACAAAAUAAACUGAUUUAGAUAGAAAUUUUUAAAUGAUUUCUAUCAAUUUUUCAUUUACACUCAAUUGUCUCGUAAUUUUUACGAAGCCACAUAUUCAUUAUAAAAUGUAUUACCAAGUUUAUGGUACUGAUAAACAUUUUUACGUGUG